AUGGCGUGGUACUCCAUCUUACCAUCGGAGCUUACCCACCUCGAGAGCUGGGCAGCUCGCAUCUUCUUCUUCCUCGGUCUCAUCACAAUUGGCCCCUGGGCUUUCCUCAUAUUCCUCGACGCCAUCAUCUGGAUAUAUCGACUGAUCCUUUGGGAAGUCCCCUGGGUUGGUGGACGAGCACGUGGUCGACAGCGCCCUCGCGCGCCGAGCUUGAAUGAACGUCCCGGCGGGCAAUGGAGGGCAUUUGGACUACGCGGCGUGGAGACGGGUACCGCACUUGAGAACCUCGAUCCGUCAGAGCUCCUCCCGAUGGACAAAACCUACAAGGACCGACUCGCUCUCCGCAAGUCCGUACUGGAGCAGCACCACGAUGUCGUGGUAGCAAUCAACAACGAUCAAACCCCAGAGGAAGACCCUCGCAUCCGCCCCGCCAUUAGCGAGCUAUACAAUUUCGUGCUGGGAAUAUACCUACCAACCCGAUACCCGAGCAUGUUCAAACUAAAUGCCGAAAGCUCGAUCUUUCAAAACCUGGUAACAGGCACAACAUGGCCAACAAGCCUGUCACCAACGACGCCAGCAAUCCAAGCUCUAGAAAUCCUGUCCCAGACAGUAGACGAUGAUUUCCUGAUCCUGCUCCCUGAGCUCUCGCCUGAUGCCGAGGAACAACCGAAAUAUGUACUACAGGCAUAUGCGGUCUGUUUCCCAGGUGGCUUCAACACGCGCGAGAAACUCGGUCUGCGGUUAGUAGAUAUCCAUGUGCCAGUCCCGCGUUAUCGGGAGAAGAUGGAGCGCAGCAUGGAUAGGUUCUUUGGACGCCUUCAAGUUGGGAAAUUUGUGAAACGAAUCAAUUGGAGUAUUACUGUUGAAACGGGUCUGUUUGCUGCUUUCAGUGGAACACAUGCUGUGGCGGGGGAAAAGGGGGAGGCUAUUGAGUCCGGGGAAUUGAAUGUUGAUCAGACUGUUCUUCGAUGUGAGCGUCAGACACUGCAUCGGCUGCCAGUGUCCAAGGCUCUUGUCUUUACCAUACACACUUACACUUAUCCGGUUAGGCAGAUUAAGGAUGAGGGUUGUGGUGAGGACUUGGCGAAUGCGAUCGAUGGCUUGAAAAGGGGGAAUGUGCCAGAAAUGCAUGCUUAUAAGAAGGGAGAUGUGUGGGGGGAAGCAUUGAAGGAAUUCCUAAGGUCCUAG